AUGAAACGCUCUUCUUCUUCUUCUUCUUCUUCUUCUUCUUCUUUGCGCGCGGUGUGCAGAAACUACUUUCUCUCACACGCAUCGGGGUCCGCGUCAUCUUCUACCACCGCUUCUGCGAGUCAUUAUAGCACCAGAAGCGCUCAAAAUUACUUCUCUCCACCUUCUUCUUCGAACGCUGCGACGAAAAAAAAGGCAGAAGACGUGUCCUUUCCAUUCAGAGAAGAAGAAGAAAGACGACGACGUCGAUUUUCUUCCUCUUCUUUUGUCGCGAAAGCAGAAAAAGCGGACGCUUCUUCAGAACCAAAAACGACGAUUUUGUACACCACGACGCACGAAAAACUCACGAUUCAGCGACCAUCGUCGUCUUUGAACGAUGACGAUGACGAUGAUGAGAGUAGUGCGAAUAAAAAUGUGUCCGUCGCCGUUGCCAUCAGCGACUUUGGAUUCGAUAAAAUAGGAGACGUUUUGCAGAUUGAGAAGAAGGUGCUCAAAAACUCACAAACAAAAAAUGAGUUCAUCGAAAACGAAACGUCGUUGGCGACUUUGAAAUGGUCCGGGUUUCACAGAACCGCCGCGGAUGAGUUAUACCACAGUUUAUGGUCCAACGUCAACGGGACGAGACAUUUGAAAUUACCGUUUCCAGUGACGAAUGUUCGAUUUAACGACGAGAUGGUCCGAGAGGCGUACAAACUGUGCGUGCCGAGCGCGAGUAUUUUAGAGUGCGAAGCGAUCGGAGAAGAAGUGGAGAAGUGUUCGGAUUUAAUGAACGAAAGUGAAUACGAGAAGUUUAUCGACCGAGAGUUGGAGGAGGAAGAAAACGCGUCGUAUAAGAGUUAUCCGUAA